GAAACGAGAGUUCGCAAACAUGUCAACAAAUGGACAACACAAGGUAUUUUAUAAGGUUUCUAUAAACUUUUCCCAUUGAAUAAUUCUGUUAUUUUUGUAAUGUAACUUUCAAUACCUUUCAUAGUAGAUAAACAACGUGAAACGCUUUCUUUUCUAGUACAUUUACAGUGAGUAGUGAAAAGUUCAGUUCAAAAACGUUGCGUAUAUUUCGUCAAGUAGCUCGUGCAGUCAGUGGCGAGUCCUUGGAACCAGGAGAGGGCAAUAUAGUGUUGUUUGGUAGAACGUCUGGUCUCAAGACAGGUAAUAGAGGGCUUCAGAUUUGACUUCCACUACACACGUAAAAACGCACAGCUUGUAACAAGUCUGCAAACAAGUCUGUUCACAAGCUGUCAACAAGUUGUGUUCGCACUGCUUGUUCCCAGUUUGUUGUAACAAGUUUGGAACAAGCUGUUAGCAACUUGUAACAAGCUUGAUGGCAUCAGACUUGUUACAAGACUGUGCUAACAAGUUUGUUACAGCCAUGAUAUAACAAGGAUGUUACAAGGUUGUCAACACAAGGUUGUAACAAUCUUGUUAUAUCAAGCAUGUAACGGACUUGUCAGAACAACCUUGCCACAAGUCUGAUAAUUUUGACAAGGUUUCAAGUUGUCAACAAGUUGUUGACAAGCAGUGAGAAUACAUCUUGUCGACUGCUUGUUUUUGCAUGUGUACCAUUAAUUAGGGACCUGAAUUAGUCAAACUGGGUUGGUUGUUGGUAAAUUCCAAUCUAGGGACAGGGACUAAAAGCUCAAACUGAAAGUAUCAAAUUCUCCAGGGAUUUCAUGUGAAAAGUAAUUGUUGUUUUAGAUGUUGUGAGUGUUGCGUGUGGUCGUUCUCAGAAGAUUUUCAUUAGUGAUAAUCCCCAUGACGAGGAUGUUUAUCACUGGAUAAAUUUUCUUUUUGUUAUGAAAGACUAUCAGGUAAUAACUAGUAUUUUUCAUCCCAAAUAGAGUCUACCCUUUACUCUCUAACAUGGACACCUGUAAUUCAGACACCUCUCUAAUACAAGCACUUCUCUAAUAAGGGCACCUCUCUAAUAAGGGCACCUCUCUAAUAAGGGCACCUCUCUAAUAAGGGUACCUCUCUAAUAAGGGCACCUGUCGAAUAAGGGUACCUCUCUAAUAUGGGCACCUCUCUAAUAAGGGCAUCUCUCUAGUAAGGGCACCUCUCUAAUAAGGGCACCUCUCUAAUAAGGGCAUCUCUCUAGUAAGGGUAUCUCUCUAAUAAGGGCACCUCUCUAAUAAGGGCACCUCUCUAAUAAGGGCAUCUCUCUAGUAAGGGCAUCUCUCUAAUAAGGGCACCUCUCUAAUAAGGGCACCUCUCUAAUAAGGGCACCUCUCUAAUAUGGACAUCUCUUCAUCUAAUACCGAAAUAUCUCUACUAUGGACACCUCUCUAAUAUUUAACAUCUCUCUAGUAUGGACACCUCUCAAAUAUAGACCCCUGUGUAAUAUGGGGACCUCCCUCUAAUAUUGACACGUCUUUAAUACAGAUACCUCUCUAAUACAGACACCUCUCUAAUAUGGACACCUCUCUAAUAUAGACACCUCUCAAAUAUAGACCCCCAUAUAAUAUGGGUGCCUCCCUCUAAUCUAGACAGCUCUUUAAUACAGAUACCUCUCUAAUGUAGACACCUCACUAACACCUAUAUAUUAUAGGCAGUUUCCAGACAUGCACAAUUCUCCUAUUUUUUCUUUUAAAUUAAAUUAAAACAUCCUUUAUUAAUCUGAAGCUGGCUGUUACAAAUUCAGAGAGCGAUAUAACUACAUAAUACUGUUUCUGCUGUUUUGAAAAUAUGAAGUAAUGAGUAACUUAAUUUAGCUGCCCAGAAUUUUUCAGCAGCUUUGAUAAUUGUAAUGAAUGUUCAUUAUUUAGGACAAUGGUUAUGGUAAACAAAUGUUGACCAAAAUGGAACAUCUACUUUGGUUCCAGUCACCGGCAACCAUCAGGAUUGAAAGUGCAUCAAAAGCUGUGCCGUUCUUUAAAAAGAUGGGUUAUACCGAAGUGGGCGAACCUAUUGAGUGCAUUCACUCUGGAAGUGCUUUGUUCAGAACUUUGCAACUGAUGGAAAAACCUUUUCAACGAGGCUCUUGACAGCUUGAUCAAGCCUUGAAUGAAGAAAAUGAUUGAAACAGAUAUAGUGAUAGAGCUUAUUGGUGAAAUCUUCAAUUGACAAAAGAAGAAAAGAAACCAUGGGAGGUUUGAUUGCCAUCCAGAAAAAGUGCUUCAAAACAAUCUGAUUUUUGAGGCUCUUCCCAUCACUUGCACAUAACAGAUGGCUCACAAAAAAAAUUUCAAUGCUUGUGACAACCAUUUGGAAAGCAUUUGACAGAUUUUAAUCUGCUCCGGCAAUGCAAUGAGUAUUUGCAAUAAGCAUUUGAAAAUGAGAAAUAUUUUUAUUACACACAAAUGAUGCAAUUGGUAAUUAUUUCUUGGGGAUCGAAAACAAUUCGUGCUCCCAAAAAUAAGAAAAUGACUUAAUAGAGUUAAAUAUAGUUAAUAUAGCUGCUGAUAUAAAAGUGGUCCUGUCAAGUCAAAUAACCUCUGCCUCCUAUCCAGGGUUGAUAGGUUUGCUGAAUAAUUAGGCCAAACACCGUCACACUAGGCCUUUGUUUUCUUUGUCUUGGCCUUUUGUUUCCACCUAAUUAUUCAUCUAACUUACCAACCCUGCCCCUAUCGUCACUCAUUUUAUUUUUAUUUGUGAUAAUGAAUAUACUUAUAUAUAUAUA